AUGAGUAAUCAUAAUUUCUACAAUGCUCCCUAUCAACACUAUUACCAACAGGCUCAUGCCAUGAUGCCUCCACCUCUCGGACAGGUUCAACCUCAGUAUGAAGAGGAAGAGGAUCAACAAAAUGUUCAACAAUUUGCUGAUGAAUCCGAUGUGAUUCCAACUAACAUGAGACAACUGAGAGCUUGCCUGACUUGUGGCUUGGUCAAAACAACAGAUCAAUUUAAAACCAAUGGCUGCGAAAAUUGCUCUAACAAGGAUGAUGAUCCACUAAAUAAUACUAGUACAUCAUUUGAAGGAUUAAUUUGUUUAAUGAAUCCAAGUAAGAGUUGGGUUGCUAGAUAUCAAAACUUACAAGACAAAGUAGAAGGCGUUUAUGCCAUUACAGUGCACGGAAGUACUACGGAGUAA